AUGGAACCCGAAAAGCGCAAAUACGCCGCCGGGCCUUCCCUGCCACCCACCAGCGAAGAUGACUCCAGCAAACGCCGCAAAGUGAUCGGUCCAGCUCCCCCUCCUCCCUCCGCCAGCGCAAACGCCAAUACCUCCGACAACAGCUCCUCUGAUGACGACUCGGACGAUGACUUCGGACCCAGCCUCCCUCCGCCAGAAGGCACCGUCUCUUCUGUUCCCGACAGCGGCGCAACACAGCCCGCCCGCUCUGAAACUACUUCAGAAGCACCAAAAGCACCUCAGCGCGAUGCCUGGAUGCUCGAGCCCAUCGAUGGCUCGAACCGCAACUCCCGUGUCGACCCCACGAAACUCCGCAAUCGGAAAUUCCAAACCGGGCGGGGAGCCAACACUACGCCCAGUGCGGGCGGGCUAGAUGUUUCCUGGACCGAGACCCCAGAGCAGAAGAUGAAACGCUUGCAGGAUGAGGUGCUGGGUGUACAGACAAGGCCUACUGCUCCUGAUGCGGGGGAUUCGGCAGGAGGAGCGCGCGGCGCACAGCCCUCGCGGGCCAUGCAGGAGAAGAUCCAUCGGUAUAAUGAGGAAAAGAGAAAGGAGGAGGCAAAGGCGAGGGAUGCAGAAAGGAAGAAGAAGAAGGAUGGAGAAGAGGAGGAGGAUGAUCCUAGUGCUCGGGCGUUUGAUAAGGAGAAGGAUAUGUCGCUAUCGUCGAAAAUAACGCAUGCGCAGAGACGGGAGAUGAUGAAUAAGGCGGCGGACUUUGGGUCGAGAUUUACGAGUGGGAAGUUUUUGUGA